CAUCUGAAUAUAACUCAUAGGCUUUUAAACUGGAGGCAUCCAAUUGUAGAAAGACAUUAGACAAGCUUCCAAUGAGAUUAUUGCCAGUUGACGAGGAAGCAUUAGUGCUGCCCUAAUGGAUUUUUAUUUUGUUCGUUUACAUAUCGAAGUAUCAAUUGAGUGACUUUCCAUAGAUAUUCUUCAAUUCGUUCUAUUUUGUUGUCAGCUUGGAACCUGCGAAUUAAGUAUCAGCUACUGUUUAAAAUACAUGCAGGAAAACAUAUAACGGCGUCAUUUAGCCUCCCGAGUGACUUUUGGAAUAUAAUCUCAGCUCAGGAAAAAUGGAAACUAUGUACUGUAUUUACCUUUUAACAGCAAUUAGGUGUCGGAGCAAAUUCCACCAUAAACUUCAGCUGAUUGCCAUUUAUUCACCAUCUUUAGUAUAACACUUGUUGUGACGGUACUUUGUUUUCUUGUCUAUCUGCGUUUUUCCACUGGAUUAUGAAUUGAACCAAACGUGAGAGUGCAACAAACAAACUUACUAAUGUUGAAGUUAUAACUGCGUUGAAAUGACUGAAGCUUAAUUGGAUUGCGCAGCGUGCUGAGACAAGAGCAAAAUGGAUUGCUUUCUUAAGCUUUAGGCUUAAGUUAAACCUCUUUUUAGAAUCUAAAUGUCGGUUGCCGCCAAAUGGCCUGCAGCUACCACGAACGAUGGAUCUUUUCCUAUCCAUAAUGCAACUUGCUGUGUUUGGAGACACUGGCCAAUUUUGCUUGGCGCAGAUCGGAUUUUUUGUAAACUUCAGGAGGUAUAUUAUAUAAGCUCGAAAUUUACAAGGAAGACCGACGAUUUCCCCAAUAAAAGCAUUUAAACAUAUUAUUAAAACCCUCGUUAAAGCACAGAUCCGAGAAAUAUCAUAAAUGAUCGUUUAUCGUGUGAUAUAUUACUGUUGAAACGCAGUUCCCAGUCGUUGGCGAAGGUGCCUUUUGCGUCUGUUUUCCUGUAUUGACACAAUUGAAAACUGCCCAUUCACUCAAUAAUACUGAAAACUCCUUAGUUGCGAAAAAACGUGAGUGCAUACUUUAAUUGAUAGUGAUUUUUAAUGCUAUUAAGCAAAUUGUUUCUACUGCUUUUUGUGCAUUUAAGAUAAGUUUUAGAUGCAAAGGGGGAAACACUGCAUAUCCCAGCUUUAACUUCCAACUGGGAAGGACAACGACAGUGCUAGUGUCAAGUUGUCAAUUCAAAGUACUCAACCAAAAGAUAGGGAGUGUGUUUGAUGUAUAUUUUAGGAUUUGAACAGCAAUAUACUCGCAGAGCGACUGCUUCAGCUUGAGAAAAAUCACACAAGUAAAAUCGUAUAACUCGGUUUAUUUUGAGUAAACAGAUAAGUCAAUUUAUUUCGCGCAAUAAAUAACGAAUUAUUUGUAUUGUUCACACACAUAAAGCGGUUUAGAAGAUAUACAUUGUGGCAUUGUGGAAGUCUAUUUUCUUUUAUUGCAUACAAAUGUCCACCAUGUAAUUUUAGGGAAUCUAAAUUAAAGGUCAAAACUUGCAUAUUUAGCUCUGGUAACAACAAUCGCUAAUAUAUUCCCUUUUAUUCAUGACUGAAACAUCCAUUUGAUACCAAUGUUCAGACGGCCUCUCCAAGUCUAGCUGUCCUUUUAAAGGGAUGCCUUCCUCUGAAACAAUUGUCCUUUUUGAUUAUUUAGACUAGACAUUAUUCAUUGAUGUUAAAUGGAGACGUUCCUUUCAGCAUCCUACCGGUUUAAGAACUUGUUUUAAAAUGCGCUGCCUUGAAGUGUAGAAGAGCGUUAAAUUAAUUUCUCCCAAGUAUUUCAUCUAAACUUUCGAAUUCAUCAUGGCGGCAAAAUAUAUAUUAUCAACAAAGUGCAGGCGAGUGGAUGAGGGGAUUAUUUUUAAUCAAAUGCAUUGCCACAAAGAGCAAAAAGAAUCAAAAUGCAAAAUAAUUUUGUGAAUCUUGUGAGAUAUUUAUGGCAUGAUGCUAACAACCAAUUUUAGUACAUCGGUGAAACGUUUCAUUGAUCUUAUCUAUUACUUGCAUAUUCUCAAAAAUAUUCGCGUCACCGUAUCUUAUAACUUAGCAAAGUGCUUGCAUGUAUUUACUUUUUACUAUGGAGGAUUCUUUUGGUAUUCAGGAUAUAGUGGGUCUCCAAUAAUAUCAUUAACGAACAUUCAGAUGUUCAUCUCAGCCGUUAGUUCGCCUUAUUUCUCAGUACUCAUUACUACUAUCUCAAUGGAAGCUACACUUGUAAAUGAGCAGCCUUGCCGAUAUCACCUGCCUACCAGCAUAAACGUUCAAAGUUAAAACUCAAAUAUUCGACGAAUUAUUUCCGAGUCUAAAUAAUUUAUUUUUCAUUUUUAAUUAUUUUUUUCCUGAUCUGAGCAAUAUAUUUUGAGUCGUGAAUUUUAUAAUAUAAACCAUUGACAAAAUUAGAAUUUAAAAUUUUAUAUAAAUUGUCCCCCCACUGUAAUUUCCUUCAUUGCCUUCGCCAUCGUUCGUCCUUCACUAAUACUCAAAUCUCUUCCAACGUAAUUCUUUGCAUCAGCGGAAUCAAAUAAAAUCAAUGCUUCUAAUCGACCUCUAAAUUAGUGUGUUAAAUGCAAAGUAAUGUUAGUUUUCACUAAUAAGUUACAUUUCUUUUAAAGUGAUUUGUAAUUUAAAAGCCGAAUAGUUUUCUACCCAUGUAAAUCUUUCAUUGCCCACCGAAUUUUACUGGAAUGUACGCAUUUCACUGGUCGAACGUGGUUUUAGAACUUUCAUUCACAAUUUCCCCUAGCUUCAUGAUACAAAAUCUUUCUUCGCUCUUUUUCUCAUGGGAAGAGUAUCUCCCAGAACUAACAGAAAAGAUAACAAGAGAAAACGUAGCUUACAUUUAAAAUUAAGCUGUAACAAUGUAUUUGAAUGCACAAUAAUUAUUCACUUGUUCACCAUAGUUCAAUAUUGUUUUGAGGGUUGGCUUUCCGUUUUCCUUUGUUCCAAAGUCGACUUGAGAGCAAUUUGAAGUCACACAGCACAAAAAAAUGCAGAAUAAUACGUAACAGUGGCUUUCAUAUAACUGUGAGCUUUAAAACAUCACAAUGGGAACAAAAAAUACUUUGUUAGCUGGAAAUGCAGGUACCGGAACGAGAAACUAUUUCAAAUCCAAUUUGUUCUAAUUCUCCUCAACUGCAGACUUGGGGCUGAAUUAAAAUUUGAAGGGAAAUUAACGGUUCGUCUUCUCACGUUUCCGUGCAUUUUCACUGCAAUCUCUGCUCUAUAAGGUCUAAAGUUGUCACCCAUCAUACGCACACAUAUUUCCUUCAAUUGCACCAGAACCUCGGGCUAAUAUUGCUAACUCCAAUCUGUACGAUCCAAACCGCCAAACUCAACAGUACACAUCAACCGCAAAUAUCGCAAUAAUUAUCUGCUGCGUUAAUUGCAUUUAACAUUUGAUAUGUUGCAGGUUUAAGAUAUUAACAGCAAUAAGAAAGCUAGCGAUGAUGAGAACUGGUGUGAGAAUUUGUCACACGACGUAAGAUUAAUUAGGAAACAAAAUAGUUCCUUCAAAAUAUGUCCAUUAAAGUUAACCAGGUUUUAUAUUGUGAGGAAUAGUUGCACCAUACGAAUCUAUCUGUGGUGCUGUUCAUUGUUCAAUCCCCUUUUUACCUCUAAAAGUAUUUAAUAUUGGGGGAGGGGGCGAUGCUAAUUGUUUAACCCCCAUUGCGGAUUGAUUUACGUUUUAUUGUCGCUUUGUCGGCCUCAUGAAAACUUUAACCAAUCGUUUCGCAGAUAGCCCACAACAUAUUAGCUAACUCUACUUUGUUAGUUGAGAAGUUGAGAGAACAAUUUCUAGUCUUACAUAUAAUUUCUCAAUGAAUCGGAGUGUAUGAUGUUUGACAAUGUCGAUCUCUGGUGCAAUUGGCAACUACUUUGUCGAUUCACUUAUAAGUCAUGAAAGCGAGGGAUCGCCUGCAACAAAGUUUGUUUCUGGGCAAUAUUUAGUCUCCAGACAGCCGCGAGUCCCCGAACAUCCCGAAUUUCCUGCUUGUAAUUUUCAGCCGAAAUCUCCCGUGUUCGGCACCUCUUGGGCCCCCGUGUACGGCCAGCCUUCUGCGAAUGUUUCCACUUUGUACCAUCCGUAUGUCCAGUCUCACCCCAUUCAGCCUGAUAGCAGGUACAUGCGGUCCUGGUUAGACCCGACCCCCAGGACUGUGUCCGGACCCGGAAUGCCUUCCAGCGGUCACGAUUCAUUGAAAGCAGAAACACCGGCGACUCAUGGCGGCGAAACCCUACCAGCAGCGCUUCAAAAAUUACAUGGUGAAUAUUUGGAGAGCGAAACCAUUUGCUCCGGGAAAGCGCCGUGCUACGAAGACAGCAUGUGUGAAGAGAAAGGAGACAAAGAGACAUCAGAACAAAGCAAUCCUUCUGCAAAUUGGUUGCAUGCCCGCUCUACAAGGAAGAAAAGAUGUCCUUACAGCAAAUAUCAAACCCUGGAGCUGGAAAAGGAAUUUCUGUUCAACAUGUACCUCACCAGGGACCGGAGGCACGAAGUAGCCCGUCUUCUGAACCUGACUGAAAGACAAGUCAAAAUCUGGUUUCAAAACAGGAGGAUGAAGAUGAAAAGACUCAGUAAGGAGCAUGUAAAAGAGUUCGAGUGACGAGCUAUUGAGAUUUAACUUUAGCGCGUAGCCGGUUUUUGCUGUCUCUGCAAUUUAUCCUUUAAGGACUGUAGUUCUGAGAAAGCCAACAUGCAUCCACAGCAAAGAAUGAUCAGAAAGUAAGGUUUAAACAUCCAGCAAUUCGGCUAUUUAUUUCGAACAUUUUAGUGCAUUCAUUCAGGGAAUAGAGUCACGUGUAAAGAAUUUUAUUGCAGGAUAUUAAGAAAUACAACUUCCUCCCAUUCUCAUCCACUCUAACAGCCAGAGAGAGCAGAGUGCUUUUAUUCUCGCCACCUUUUCUCUCUUUAUGACUUAAAAAAAAACUUCGUGUUAUUUAUAAAUUGCUACAAUUUCUGUCAAUGCUUUGGUGUUGGCCUUUCACGCGGGACCAGGAUGGACCGCGCUCCAAAGCAACGCUUUACAAAAAGGAUCCUUGUUCAGCUGCGAUUAAAUUUUUGGGACUUUGUUGGCGGCAAUGAGUUAACAUGACAUGUUUGCAACAGUUUACAUGCAAAAAGUCGAAGGUUUAUAAUCCAUUUUGAAGACAUCACAUCGCGGUUGAAUUAAGUGCUGUUUCCAUGAUUCCUGUAUUUCUUUGAUUUGAGCAUUUGCUUGUUUCAGUGGAAUUGUGACUACUGUUUAAACCAAGCGAUAGUUUAGUUUCCCAUUCUGAUUUCUGUAUCCCUUAGUCUGCGUGUUUGAGUGAAUGUGGAUCUGGCAUUUUCUUUCAAUGUCUGAUGCUCCUACGGUUUAAUUUGGUAGCGAUCACCUUUGCUAAGUGUUUGUCCAACUAUUGGUAACUGUUACCACGUGAAUAGUUUUUGAAAAUGUUCUAAUAUUUCAGCAAGAAUGUCCAACUGUCGAAGCGAAAAUUUAAUGAUCUGCCGUAUAGAACCUCGUGACAUUUUAGAAAUAAAACAAUGUAGGAAUAUCUGACGAAUUAUGAUUACAGACUAGAUUGCACAAAAGGAGGUUGGCAACAAGGAUCAGCUCAAAAGAAUACAUUUUAGGAAUAAUAACACUUCUGAUGACAACCUGUCCAAUGUGAAACUGGUAUUUAUAUCCGCGGAUUUUGUAGGUUUGUCCCGAUUUUACAUUUAAGCUAAAUGAACUAACCGUUUUACAUUUUUAACAAUCCAAAUUCCUGCUGACCUUCAGGUUUAGUUAUUUCAUUCCGGAGCUCUCCGACGUCAGCGGCGCAGGCUUGCACUAUUCUAAUGUGAUUUAUUAACGUUAAUUAUAAAUUAAACCCGCUGAAUGGAAUCAAAUAUUUUGAAUCCACCGUUCUAUGUACACCUAACAUGAUUAUUAGAUGUAAAUAUACGAAUGUAUUAAAAAAAGCUGCAAAAUAAAAUGCUGCUGAAAGUUUGGAAACGCAAUUUCCCCC